AUGUUUAGUUUGUCUGUUGUGAAACAGUUUUCAAGAUUAGCAAUAUCUUCUUCAUCUACGAUCGGGAUAAACUCCAGAAAUAUUUUUACUGCUGCAGCUUUGCAAUUUAGAAUAACCGAUCAACUAUGGGCUGAGCCACUGAAGAAAAAGAAGAAAAUGGAUCCAGCUAUUAUCAAAGCUCGUGAGGACAGACGUCGCAAGAAAUUAGAAAAACAAAUAAGAAGACUUGAAAAGAAUGCAAGGCAGCUUAAGCCAAUUGAUGAAGUAGAGGCCCCAUUGCACCUCAUUGAUCAGAUGGGAAAAAGAAAAAGAACUCCUGUUCAGCUUUCUCCAGAAGAAGUGGAGGCUCGAGCAUUAUUGCAAAAGGACUGGGCUCGUUACAAGCGGGAGGAGUAUAUGGCGAAUGUUGCACAGAUUGACAGAAUCAUGGCAGCGCAAAGGCGUGCACUUGACAUGCUUUAUGAAGAAUCUGAAGAGUUGUACGAUGAGGCUAUAAUGCCCGAUUUGCAGUUGAUUCCGUACACGAUAAGCGGACCCGUUGCCACACCUCCUAUCAAGAAUUACGACUCACCAGACGGCGAAUACGUGGACGUGUCCAAAAAGUGGGAUAAUUAG